AUGGCGGGCAUCAUCGGGUUCAGCGGCGCGCUGACGGAGCUGAAGAAGAAGCAGCGCGACCCGCGCGACAAGCACCUGGUGAGCCAGGAUGAUAUCGUGAAGGCGGUCCGCCGCGGGCUGCCGUCGCCGCCUCCCGGUCUCAGCUGGGAGCGCAAGGAUAGCGGGGACUGGGUCUUGAUCGAACACGAGGAGGCGGAAUCGUUUGAAGACGUGGAGCUCGACGUGCCGCCGCCGCCGCCGCCGCCAGCCGCGCGGCGCGAGCACGUCGUGCUGCCCGGCGACACGCUCCAGGGCGUCUGUUUGAAAUACAAGACGAAGCCCCGGCUCCUCAAGGCGUGCAACCCGACGCUCGACGUGCGCGACCCGACGCUGCGCGGCGUGACGACGCUGACGAUCCCCGGCGACGGCCCCUGCCAGCCGAGCUCUCCCGAGGUCGACGUGGCGAGAUUUCGCGCCGCGACGGGUCUCGGGGCCAAGGAGGCGCGCUACUACCUCGCCGACGGCGCGGACCUCGCCGACGCCAUCACGCGCGCGAAGGACGACGCGCGAUGGGAGCGAGGCGCCGCGUCGCGGACGAAGAAGGAACCGGCGACGAAGCGACAUUCGGCGCCGGUCGCGGCCCGCGGAUCGCCGCGCGAGAAGCCGACGGCCGUCGUCCUGUCGUCGCCGUGCGACAAGCCCACGGCCGUCGCCGUCGCCGAGGCGCGCCGCGUCGAGCUCACGCCCGUGGCCCGCGCCAUCCCGUUCGCGGAGUCGACGGACGCGGACGAGCCCGUGAUGGCCGACAUCGCGCCGCCGACGGCGAGGGAGACCGCGUGGUCCUUCUUCUUCGACUUUUAA